GUCCAGGUCUGACCCGUGUUGCUGUCUCUGUUUCAGACAUGGAAGACGACGUCGCCGCCCUCGUCGUUGAUAACGGCUCUGGUAUGUGUAAGGCGGGGUUCGCCGGAGACGACGCCCCCCGUGCCGUCUUCCCCUCCAUCGUGGGUCGGCCCAGGCACCAGGGUGUGAUGGUGGGGAUGGGCCAGAAGGACAGCUACGUAGGAGACGAGGCCCAGAGCAAGAGGGGGAUCCUGACCCUCAAGUACCCCAUCGAACACGGCAUCGUCACCAACUGGGACGACAUGGAGAAGAUCUGGCAUCACACCUUCUACAACGAACUGCGAGUGGCCCCUGAGGAGCAUCCAGUCCUGCUGACCGAAGCUCCACUCAACCCCAAAGCCAACAGAGAGAAGAUGACCCAGAUCAUGUUUGAGACCUUCAACACUCCUGCCAUGUACGUGGCCAUCCAGGCCGUCCUGUCGCUGUACGCCUCCGGGAGAACCACAGGUAUCGUCAUGGACUCCGGUGACGGUGUGAGCCACACCGUUCCCAUCUACGAAGGCUACGCUCUGCCUCAUGCCAUCCUGCGUCUGGACCUGGCGGGCAGAGACCUGACCGACUACCUGAUGAAGAUCCUGACCGAGCGAGGAUACAGCUUCACCACCACAGCCGAGCGCGAGAUCGUCCGUGACAUCAAGGAGAAGCUGUGCUACGUGGCUCUGGACUUCGAACAGGAGAUGGCCACGGCCGCGUCCUCGUCUUCUCUGGAGAAGAGCUACGAACUGCCUGACGGACAGGUCAUCACCAUCGGCAACGAGAGGUUCCGCUGCCCCGAGGCGCUGUUCCAGCCCUCCUUCCUGGGAAUGGAGUCUGCCGGCAUCCACGAGACCACCUACAACAGCAUCAUGAAGUGUGACGUGGACAUCCGCAAAGACCUGUACGCCAACACCGUCCUGUCCGGUGGAACCACCAUGUACCCGGGCAUCGCAGACCGCAUGCAGAAGGAGAUCACCGCCCUGGCCCCGCCCACCAUGAAGAUCAAGAUCAUCGCUCCCCCAGAGAGGAAGUACUCGGUGUGGAUCGGCGGCUCCAUCCUGGCCUCCCUGUCCACCUUCCAGCAGAUGUGGAUCAGUAAGCAGGAGUACGACGAGUCCGGCCCCUCCAUCGUCCACCGCAAGUGUUUCUAAACCCACGGCGUCCACCCGGCCCUCUGGUGGUCCACCCAGCCCUCUGGUGGUCCACCCGGCCCUCUGGUGGUCCGUCCAAACUGAAUCCACACAGACCGAUCAGUGACUGUUGUCGUACCGUUGGAGACCCUCAACGACUAAACUUGAACCACAAACGGCUUCUGUCCUGCUGAUCCAGUACUGACGGUCCAAUCAGAACCCAGUAUUAUCACUGAGCCUUUUCUACGCCCGCCCCCCCCCCCCCCC